UUCUAAAAAAACAAGCUAAAGAGUUUAUAUCGGACGAAAAUAACAAAUUUUCAUUUCCUAAAGAGCAUGGUCAUUCUGAUGAAGAUGCCGCUCAUAAACAUUUAACAUCUACUGGAGAACAUGAGGCCGAAAUUGAUCAUGAGUCGAUUCUUGACAAACAUAAGAAAAUUUAUGAAUCGGUUCAGCAUUCCGAUGAAGAGCUUGGUCACGCUGCAGCUUUUGAAGCAUUGAAAAAAAUGUGUAGUGGCGAAUCAUAUGAUAAAUCUGCACUUCUUUCAUUGGCAAUGAGUGAAGGCAUGAAGCUUUGGAAAAAAAAACAUGCCGCUGGUGAUGGUGAUGGCGGUGAUGGCAGUGGGCAAG